CUCGUACUACCACUCGCAGCUACCAGAGUGGCAUUAUGAAGAUCUUGGUGUUGGCUACGUUGAUCGCGGCCGUAACAUCGGGCCGCCUCAGCAGCUCGGACGUCGAGGCCCUGAAGCAGGGACCAUGGCGCGUGGGCACCGUCUACCGCUAUGACGUGGAGGCCUACACACUGGCGCGCCUGCCCGAAGGCCCCAGCACCGGCGGCGCCCUCAAAGCCCGCUUCGUCGUCCGCGCCCACGCCCCCGGCCGCCUCCUGGCGCGCCUCGAGAACCCACAGCACGCCACCGUCCACCAAGAACUUCCCGGAAACAGGCAACUGCCUUCCGACCUCAAGUACCAACCCGUCGACAAACUCGACCAGCCCUUCGAGAUCAACAUAAACGGGGGACGCAUCAAGUCUCUCAACCUCCCCUCCGAUCUCCCUCUCGCAAAGGAGAACCUCCUCAAGGGUCUGAUCAGCGCUCUCCAGCUCGACCUCUCCACCUACAGACAUGUCCGCAGGCCCGAGACCGGCUACGACAAGAAAACCGAGCAGGGACUCUUCAGGAAGAUGGAGACUGACGUCACCGGCGACUGUGAGACUCAAUACGAUGUCUACCCAGCCGUCCCCGAAUGGCGCCGUGAGCUCCCCAAAUUCAUUAAAGACGAAGAACCCAUCAUGAUCUCCAAGACCAAGGACUACGGACACUGCCACCACCGCGUCGCUUACCACUUCGGCGUUCCUGAAGGCUCCGAAUGGUCUGGCGCUGCUCACAGGAACCAUGAAGAGCAGUUCAUCCGACGUGCGACCGUUUCUCGCAUCCUAUCCGGCAAACAAGGCCCUAUCUACAAGUCUGAGACCACCAGCACCGUUCACGUAAACCCUCAAAUGUAUGGCAAGGACAAGGCCGAAGUACUCAGUUACGUCCAACUGUACCUAGUUUCCUACGAGAAAGACGCUGAAGCUGAAUGGCAGAAACCAGAACACUAUCGAGAAAUCAACAACUUAUUGUACUCCAUCACUGACAAGCGUGUUAUGAUCACUGACCGUUCAUCAUCAGAUGAAUCUGCAGAAGACUACUUCAAAGCUGAUGAGGUUUUUGAGGCUACUACUGAAAAGAAGAUUAAUCGCAUGCGUCGGUCGGUGCAUUCAUCUGAGGAGAAGAAGGCAGCUAGCAGCUCCAUGUCAGCUAGUUCCAGCGAAGGUUCGAUCUUCAUGAAUGAUAACGUUCCCGAAAACAACCAGCCCGCUUACGCUGCUCUAUACAUGAUGCCUCAGACUCGCGCUGACAAGAAACAAAACCCGAUGAACGCUCAAAAGCUCGCGCAAGAACUAGCCCAGCAACUGCAAAACCCUAACAACAUGCCUAAGGCAGACUUCCUGACCAAGUUCAACAUUCUCGUCCGCGUCAUCGCGUCGAUGAGCUGGGAACAGCUUAGCCUUACAAGCCGUGGCAUUGAAGUCGCUAAAUCCUCCAAUAACAAAAUUAAGGCUGAUAUGUGGAUGGUCUACCGUGAUGCAGUUGCGCAAGCUGGUACCAUGCCCGCUUUCCAACAAAUCAAGACCUGGAUUCAAAAUAAGAAGAUCCAAGAGGAGGAAGCCGCUCAAGUUGUUGCUUCUUUGGUGUACUCUCUUCGUUACCCAACCAAGGAUAUCAUGAUCCAGUUCUUCAAAUUGGCUGUGAGCGAUGAGGUUAGACAGCAGAAGUACCUCAGCAGCACCGCUUUGAUUGCGGCAACCAAGUUCAUAAACAUGGGCCAGGUUAACAACGAGACCGCUCAUUCCUUCUACCCCACCCACAUGUAUGGCCGCCUGUCCCGCAAGCACGAUGCCUUUGUUCUUGAAGAAAUCCUGCCUCGUCUCUCUGAGGACUUGAAACAGGCUAUUCAACAGGGCGAUAGUAACAAGGCCCAGGUGUACAUCAAGGCUAUCGGAAACCUGGGACACCGUGGAAUACUGAACGUGUUCGCUCCGUACAUUGAGGGUAAAAUCCCAGUCUCCACUUACCUCCGCAGACAAAUGGUGAAGAAUCUCCGCGUUCUGGCCCACCAGAAGGAUGUGUUUGCUAGGGCUGUGUUGUUCACCAUCCUGAAGAACGUUGGUGAGCCUUAUGAAGUCAGAGUGGCUGCGAUCGACAACAUUUUCAUGGCGCGUCCUACGGUGUCCAUGAUGCAAGCGAUGGCUCAGAUGACCCAUAACGACCCCAGCGUGCAUGUGAGAGCUGUUCUGAAGGAGAGCAUUAUAUCGGCUGCUGAACUGAAGAUCCCCCACUACCGGGACCUUGCCAGGACCGCCCAGGUUGCUAAAUGGAUGGUGACUAAGCAGAAUUACGGCAAGCAGUACUCCAGCAAAUACUUAAAUGACUUUAGCGACAUGGAGUCCGAACUUAGCAUACUGAGAGCCUACACGCAGAUUGGAAGUGAAGACAGUCUGCUCCCCAAGGAUAUUAGGUACACCCUCAAGACCAAGGCUGGUGGUUGGAACAAGAUGAACACAAUUGGCGCUUCAUUCUCAAGCGUACAGGACUUCAUGAACGCCAUCCAACGUCAAAUGGACAAAAUCAGCAAACCUCACCCUAGGUCCGAGGCUGACCACAAAUUCUCUGCUGAGAAGAUCUCCGAAAUGUUGAAACUCAAACCCGAACCAAAGAACCCACUUGAAGCUGCGUUGUACUUUAGUUUAGGGGGCCAAGAGAGGUAUUUCACCUUCAGUGAGAGUGACAUUGAACAACUUUCUGCUAUCAUUAACCAAAACAUGGCUGACUUGGCUAAAGGCACUGAGAAACAUUACACUAAAGUAGUGAACCAGGCUCAAGUAUCUAUUAUGUUCCCAGUCAGUAUGGGUAUGCCUUUCAUAUUCAAGUACAAGGUGCCCACCGUUCUCCACAUGCAAGAAAAAUCUAAAGGCCAGAUCACCCCUCCGUCCGAGAAGAACGAACAUUACUUAGCGAACAUCGACAAGGAAAUCCAUUUCACGUUCGCCAGAAACAUUGACGGUAGUGUUGGCUUCAUGGACACCAUUUCCAAUCAGCUUGCUAACGUUGGUGUGACCAGCAAAUUGCAAGUGAACCUGCCCUUAAAAAUGCAAAUGGAAUUGAAGUCUAGGGAGCUGAAGGUGAGCGUGGAACCUCUACGCCCUGACCAGGAUGACACCAUCGUCCAUUACAGUGUAUGGCCAUACUCCGCCAACCAGAAGAAAGAGUCUCUUGUGCCUGCAUCCCUGGAUCCCUCCACCAAAGCUAUUUCCCGCAAGAACAAGGUGGUAGCAAUCGACACCAAGUUUGGCCAAUCAGUGGGCCAGCAAUUCCAAUUACAAGGAUACUCAUAUUCCUCGGACUACAAGAACGUGGGCGAAAUGAUAAAAUCGAAGGACCUACUUACCAACAUCGCUCAGGCUCUGUACCAAAAGGAUGUUGCUAUGACACACUUCAACCUCAAACAUCUCGGCAAACAAUGCUCUAACAAACGUAUCACUUUAACUGCUGUAUUAGAUACAUUCUACAACCAAAAGGAAGCACCUCAACCUCUUGUGGCCUCAAACAUCGAGGAUGUGGCUCCAAACAGUGAAAACCGUCGCCGACAAAUGGUUAAGCGCGUGGCAUCUGGUUUCAAAAUCGCCAAGGUUCAAGUUCUGGACAUCAGCACUACUUUUGAGGGUCCUCAGAAGCACGAGUUCGUUUUCACCGCUGCAAUGGGUAAUAACCCAGUCGAGCCCAAGAUUCAGUAUGCUUUCUUCGCUGCCAGAAACUCCGCUCAGCUUGGAAACAACCAAGUGAAUGGUGUUGCAACCGUGAACAAGCCUACGGUUAAUCCUCUUAACUUCCUGGAAGCUCUUAACAAGGACAUGAAGAUGCACUUCGAGGCUGACGUCAAAUUCGGUCAGAACGGAAAUAUCCACGUGCAAGGUCAAUCUGAACGCACCAAGAAGUUUACUGAGGAGCUCAAAGAACACCAGUUGGGCAAGAAAUGCGCCAAGGAAAUGGAAAAGAAUAAUAACUACCAGGAAGCUUGCCAUAGGAUGAUUGUGUUGGCACACGCUCCUGACUACCUUAAAGCAUCAGUGACAUACAAGGACAUCAGCCCCAUCGCUAAAUGCUGGGGUAUCCGUGCGUACAAAAUGGUUGAACACCUUGGAUACUGGAACUCAGAUGUGAACCUAAUGAAGACCACGCCUGAUGGCAAGCUCGAAAUUGAAUCGCAGAUGUGGUAUUUGGAGAACAGAAUGAACUUGGUCCUCAGCUCAAGACUUGGUGAAGCUCGCUUUACCAACGUGCCUAUCCCAAAGGUGACUGCUGGUGCUCUUGCUAUUUAUGAGCCCAUCCAGCCUCAUGAACGCGUCCUGAACUACUUCACGCGUCAUCAGUACUUACCAUUCUGUACUGUCGAUGCAAGCAAGGUCAGGACCUUCAGUAACCGCAGCUACGACUACACCCUGACGCGCUCAUGGCAUGUGGUGAUGCAGGAUGAUGGCAAACGUGUCGGUAAAGACAAUGAACAACUUGUCGUCUUGGCCAGAAGACCUAGUGACAAGCUGGAAAUGUACAUUUCUUACAAAUCGCGCAACGGGAAGGACUUGGAGCUUGAAACGCUUGCUCCCCAAAGCAACAAACUCAACCUGAAAGUCAAGACCAACGCCAAGAAAGUGUCCGAGGGAGAUUUGACCAUCUACUGGGACGAUAUUUCCGAGAAGCCUCUUCUGAAGUACUACACUCUGCCCGACGGUACCCUGAUCCUGAACAUCCGUCAAGAACGUCUCCAAGUCGUCUACGAUGGUGUGAGGCUGGUGGUUCUCGCCAAGGAAAACCGUAACAACAUCAGAGGCAUUUGCGGCUACAUGAACGGCGAGGCUCGUGAUGACUACCUGAUCCCCAGCGGUCUAGUCGAUCGUCCAGACCACUAUGCUGCUUCAUACGCUCUGAAGGAUGCUGAAUGUGACCCCAAGACCGUGGAACUCCAGGCUGAGGCCGAGAAACUGUCGUACCCUACCAAAAAGGAGUACACAGAUAUCCUGCCUUCUGACAAGGAAUGGGAAAAUGUUAUGCAAGUCAGUGACGCUGAAGAUCAGAAGUCUGGUAAGAAGUUGUACAAAGUGAGAAGCUAUCUGCAAUCUCGCGAAGAGUGCCAGAUCCAACAGCAGAUUCAGUUUUAUGAGGAUCACACUGAGUUUUGUGUGACGUCUAGGCCUCUGCCCUCUUGCCAGGCUCACUGCCGUGCCGAAGGGUUCAAGACUCAGGCUGCCCAGGUGAUCUGCAUGCCGAAGAUUGACGAGAUGUCCAACUCGUACAAAGACCAGAUCCGACAGGGCAGUAACCCUCAAGUGUCUGGAGUACCAGAGCAGCAACCCAAGUGGUUCCGUGUUCCUACAUCGUGCAAGGCUUAUUAAUAAAUAGUUUGUUACGUAGGAAAACGAUAUUAGUAGGUAGAUAAAAUUGAUAAAAUGAAUCACAAUUUGGCUUGAAAAUGGACACCGAUGGUAUAACUUAUUUAUUUAGACAUUUUAUAUAUUUAAUUGGAAUUAUUAUUGAAUAAUUUUAUUAAUUAAUAUAUUUUAAAAUGAAUUUCUUAUUUAUUUAUAGAAAAUGAUUGGAUUGUAAAUAAAAAUAAUUAUUUAUGUAAUUUAUACAUUUCAAUUAUGUAUUCAAUGUGAUUUUCUAAAUAUUAUAGUAUUAUCAAGAACUUAGAAUAGAAAUUAAGCAAAUGAGAAAAUAAAAAAAUACAAAAAUUACUUUACAUAA